UUCUUGUUUAGAUUUAAAGUGAGUUAUUAACUUGACAUAGCAUUUUAAUCUUACUUUACCAGCAACAAACUCUUUAGGUGUGCACUGCAAUUGUAUGCUUGUACUGUUGUUAACAAAAUAACCGCUGUGAUAUCAUGCCGAACUUAUUUUAUUACAAGGCGGUAAACACAUUAAAAAUUGCCAAAGUAAUUUUAAACCAUUUAGGCCUUUUUACCCUUCGUAUAAGGCGUCUGGUUGGGCAAAAAUUUCAAAUUGCGAAAUUAUUGAGCCAAUUAAAUUCGAACUUCAACCGCCCAGGCCCAGGGCUCUUCUUUCGCGCCAGCUUGCAUAUCAGAAAGAGAAAAAGAAGCUCUAGGUACGAGAUUGAGAAAGGCCAAGCGACUGAGGGGAUUGAUUAUUUAUUUAAAUUAUUAAGAGUAUUGUAUUGAAAAAUCAUACCUUUCUACAAACUCGUCCCCAAGGCUUUCCGUCUAAAUAUAGAAAAAUUAAAAAGUUCUAGCAACGAGGUUGUCAUUUGUACUAUCUUUAAAAAAAUCAUUCUGUUUGAGGUUAGUUCAAAAGUUAAAAAAUUGUUAACAUUACAAACUAGAUAAAUUUUAUUACAUAAUGCAUCUUGCUGUGUUAUGUUAUUUUUUGCUGCCAACGUUCGUGUAUACGGAAAAUGAACACUUGAGAAGCUAUCUAGAACAAAAAGCGCACUAUCUUGGACACUUUGGUGAAAUGUUGAAACGCAAAAGCGAACAGUAUUACUCAAAACGGGAGGAAUAUGCAAAUUGGUUGGUGAAUUACAGAGAGAUGGAACGUGAAAAUCAACAUCAUCAUCUCGAAUCACAAGAUGAACAACAAGAAUUAUCACAUGAGCACGCUGAGGUGGAGCGCGAAACUCGUCAUGAACAUCGCCACCAUGGAGGAGGGUUAUUGAAACGAAGUCUCAUCAAGGGCAAGUACUUUUAUAUAUCUCGUUUAUAUCUCGAAGUUAACCUCAACUUAACAAUACUACAUCUGCAGACCCAUAGCGCAAGUAAACAUCUUUUAACCUUUCGUAAGGCUCGUUUCCAUUUGUCUGCAUUCUCAGCUAAAGCGCAAAAAGCACACGAGCUGUUUAUAGCGCAUAUGCACUUUGACAAAACUAGAGUUAAAAUCAGCAUUCGUUAUACCAUUUCAGACUAGUUAAAAGUCCAUUAGCAACCAAAGUCACCGUGUGAACAAAAUCAAAUUGCGCGUGUUCCUAAUAUCAAUAGAUCGGUAAUGAUGAUUUACUGGUACGAUGUAAGGAAUGCAUGCGAUUGUAUCAUACACGU